CUCUUGGACACAGUUGCGGCUCAGGUUCUCGACCCCUCGCAGCACUAUACUUAAGUUCGGACAGUAUUUUACAAUGUCAGCGUCCGAGUUUGAGUCUUUAGAGAAGACGUUAGAAACACAUCUUCCAAAGGAGGAACUUAAAGAAGUGAGACGAAUUUUAUUCGGAAAGGAGACAAAGAAGUUGGAUCUGCCAGCAUGUGCAGUAGAGGCUGCUUCAGAGCGGGACUUUGAACUGCAGGGGCACAUGUUCGAGGCUGCCCAGGAGCAGCUUAGGCCCCCGAGGACCGUUCGGGUUGGGCUCAUUCAGAAUCGCAUAGUUCUGCCCACAGAUGCACCAGUCUUGGAUCAGAUCACAGCCCUCCACAAGAGGAUUGGUGAAAUGGUGGAUGUAGCUGCCAUGUGUGGAGUAAACAUUGUGUGCUUCCAGGAGGCCUGGACUAUGCCCUUUGCCUUUUGCACACGGGAAAAGGAGCCAUGGACUGAGUUUGCAGAGUCUGCAGAGGAGGGGUACACCACACGCUUCUGCCAAGAGUUGGCAAAGAAAUACAACAUGGUUGUGGUGUCACCUAUUUUGGAGCGAGACGAACUGCGCAGCACUCUCUGGAACACCGCAGUGGUAGUUUCUAACUCUGGCAGCGUGUUAGGCAAAACCAGGAAAAACCACAUUCCUCGAGUUGGAGACUUCAACGAGUCUACAUAUUACAUGGAGGGCAACACAGGCCAUAGAGUGUUUCAGACCCAGUUUGGUAAGAUUGCUGUGAAUAUUUGCUAUGGGCGGCAUCACCCACUCAACUGGUUCAUGUACAGUAUGAAUGGAGCUGAGAUCAUUUUCAACCCUUCCGCUACUGUUGGAGGCCUCAGUGAGCCCAUGUGGGCUAUUGAGGCUAGGAAUGCAGCAAUAGCAAACCACUGUUUUACCUGUGGCAUUAACCGUGUUGGAACUGAACACUUCAAAAAUGAAUUCACCUCAGGCGAUGGUAAAAAAGCUCACCAGGACUUUGGGCACUUCUAUGGCUCAAGCUAUGUAGCUGCCCCUGAUGGCAGUCGCUCACCAGGGCUCUCUAGAACCAGGGAUGGGCUUCUGGUGGCAGAAGUAGACCUCAACCUGAAUCGACAAAUCAGUGACAAAUGGAGUUUUAAGAUGACAGGGAGGUUUGCUGAGUAUGCAGAAGGACUCACCAAAGCAGUCAAAAUGGACUUCCAGCCUAACAUCAUAAAGGAAUAGAAGAUAUCUUCUGAUUCAACUAUAUGCUAUUGAGAUACAAUCAAAGUCUCAGGCCAGUUGAGAAGCACCCUCAAUGAACCUUUAUUGAUUACAAUGCGCAAAUGCAAUCAUAUAUUUCAUAAAAAAUUAAGGUUGGCAUUGAAAACAUUCUAUUUGUUUUGUAACAAAAAAUAAUUAGCUACCUUCCUAUUUAAACCAAAAAACAAUGGUCAAAUUGAGUAUUAAAUUAACACAAUUAUGGCUGGUACAAAUCCAGAGUGCAAUAACUUAUCCCAUGAUGCUAAAAUGUUUUGUUACCUAAUCUCCAUUUCAUAUUUGUAUUUUAGUGUUUACACACGCAGUGCACAAACUUGUAAAGGGAACCCAUUUUAAAUGCAUGUACUUAAAACAUGUUUAAAUACUUUAUUAUUGUACUGUUUAAUACUUUUGUAGAUGAACUGGUCAUGGACUGUUCUUUUUCUUUGCACACAGUAAGAAAGCAUGUACUGAUCAGACUAUGGUUUAUGGAGAUGACCUGUAUACUAGCCAUAUAUAUUCAUGAAACAGCUUGAUGUAUUGCAUCAAGUAAAUUAGCUUGCCACUUGAUUUGUUAUUGUUAUAUAACACACACACAGUUAUGGAUGUACAUUACCUGAGUCUCAAGACAAUUUCUCCCUAUCCUUCCUAUUUGUACGUUAUAUUGCACCAACACAAAGUAGUAGUUUAUAAAAUAUGAAAAGCUAGUGAAGGACAGGGAUUGCUGCCACACACAAACCCUUGAGAAUUACACUAAACAUGACAUUAUACAAAUCCAUUGAAGGUGCACAAUGUUGCCAUCGGCCCUUCUUGCUUUCUGUUCUCCAUG